GAUCGCUGCCAUAUUGAAAGAGGAGGAAAAGUAGAAAUAUAUAUAAUAUUUUGUCAAUAAAUCUAUAAUUACGACACAAUGGAUGGGCUUAUGUUUAAUAUAGAUGCUGGGUAUCUAGAAGGACUUGUCAGAGGAUUCAAAGGAGGCAUUUUGAAGCAAGCAGACUACCUGAACUUAGUACAAUGUGAAACUUUAGAUGACUUAAAGCUUCACCUACAGAGCACAGACUAUGGCAACUUCCUCGCAAAUGAACCAAGCCCCCUGACUGUCUCUACCAUAGAUGAUAAUUUAAAAGAGAAAAUGGUAGUAGAGUUCCAGCAUAUUAGAAACCAGGCCCUUGAGCCACUGUCAACAUUCCUUGAUUAUGUCACGUACAGCUACAUGAUAGACAACAUCAUUUUACUAAUCACAGGGACUCUUCACCAACGUUCCAUCUCAGAGCUGAUCCCCAAGUGCCACCCUCUUGGCAGCUUUGAACAAAUGGAGGCCAUCCACAUUGCAUCCACCCCAGCUGAACUCUACAAUGCAGUGUUAGUGGACACACCAUUAGCCCCAUACUUCAUCGAUUGUAUUUCUGAGCAGGACUUGGAUGAGAUGAACAUUGAAAUCAUCAGGAACACAUUGUACAAGGCUUACCUUGAAGACUUCUAUAAGUUCUGCAAGGAGCUGGGUGGAGCUACAGCUGAGGUGAUGUGUGAGGCACUCGCUUUUGAAGCAGACAGGAGGGCAUUCAUCAUAACUAUUAACUCAUUUGGCACAGAGCUGACCAAAGAUGAUCGUGCAAAGUUAUAUCCCCGAUGUGGCCAACUCUACCCUGAUGGUCUUGCUGUACUUGCCAGGGCAGAUGACCAGGAUCAGGUUCGCAGUGUAGCAGACUACUAUGAAUACAAGUCAUUGUUUGAGGGGGCUGGUACCAAUCCUGGAGAGAAAACUUUGGAAGACAAAUUCUUUGAACAUGAGGUGAAGCUAAUGGUAAAUGCCUUCAUGCAACAGUUCCAUUUUGGCGUCUUCUACGCUUACGUAAAACUCAAGGAACAAGAAAACCGCAACAUCAUCUGGAUUGGAGAAUGUGUCGCCCAACGUCACAGAGCAAAGAUCGACAGUUACAUCCCUAUAUUGUAAACUAGAGACAUCUAUAGGCAAUACAAUUGUAGAGAUGUGAUUUUAAUUAUCAGGCAAUGUGCUGCUGCUAAUAUUCAGAGGGAGUUAUAAAUGUGUCUAACUAUAGAUGUCUUCCUCUCAAAACUCCCAUUCCAGCCAAAACAUAGGACUUCAGUAUCAAUUUAAUUAGAUAGUAGUCUUUGGGUAUUGGUAACAGCACAUUAGAAUUUAUUUAAAGUGAAUGUUGACUGUUAGAGGCUGAUAGCUGCCUUGUUAAGUGCAAUAUAUAGUAUUAUACCUUAAUGAAUAUAACAUGUAUGAGACACAAUACAACGAACAAACAUGGGAGUCAUGUAGUGUCUCUUAGGAGAUAAAUUGAGUUAGCUUUGUUAAAAAGAGGUGAAUUAUAACUGAGAUAGAAUCAUGCAGUUCUUGUCAGCUUUUGAGUUCCUUGCAUCACUGUUAAUUGAAUGGUUAUGAUACAAGUCCAUUAGUACUCACCUAGGAUAUCAACAAAAUGAAAUGUUAAAAGCUGCUUUAAACAUUUGUUUUCACUUUUUUUCACCAUGAUCUGUCAUGAUUUCCGCUUUGAGGUAAAUAUUUUUAUUUCUAUCAAAAAUGACAUCAUGGAACUUAUUAACACUACUAAAGGAGGAAUAAAAAAAUAUUGUAUACAAUAUUGUAUUUCAAAUUGUGAAACAUUGAUCUGAUGAUUGAUUGUGAUCAAUUUGUAUUAAAACGAGUAUGACUAGCACUGCUUUUAAGAAUCAUAUUCCAGCAAUUGAAAGACAUUCCUUAUCAUUAUGUAAUCUAAUAAAUCUAUCACAAUUGAAAUAUGUAUUUGGCACAUCACUAAUACUGCACUGCUGUUAUGCAGCUAUUAUAUGAAAUAUGCCUUUGUACUAUAAUCUGAUGUAUUGCAUACCUAAAUUACCAUAGCAACAUUGUGUCAAUGACACAACACAGUUGUCAUGGUAAUAACUGAGUGAGCAAUUCAGCCCUUUAUGGCUUGGCUUCAGUUGCUUCUAUUAGUUAUGUAGUACUUCAUGAGGUAAUACUUUUCUUAGGGAUUUCAGAAUAUCAAAAAGUUAUAAAUAUUUAUAAAAAAUAUCCAAUCACUUGUUAAAUAUUAAUCUAUGCAUGCAAUUUUCGUCACAUUUAUGACAAGUUUCACUGACACUUCUAUCAUACUAGCAUAUUGUAUACUUGCUGAUUGUAUACAAGCAUAUUGUAUACAAUACUAUACGUGUACUGUAGACUGUCUACUGGACUGGUAAAUAAAUGAGGGAUUUCCAACAGUUGGAAGUAGCUAUAUUAUUCGUCCAUUUAUUUACAAAGAUCAGGUCUUGAUAAUUCUAUAAAUAUUGUUAUUUAGUGAAAUAUCCAAUAUAGAAAAACAAUGUUGUAAAUUUCUGUUAAUUGUACAUAAUGUUGAUAUUUAGAGACAUAUAUAAAAUGAAUGUAAAAAGGUAUAUAAAUAUAAUUGACAGAAAUGUCAUUGUAACAAA